AUGUCGUCCAACGAAUUGCUUACAUUAUCCAGAAAAGCUCGUUUCAAUGAUCUACCCAGUUUUUCCGGUCAACCAUCAGAGGACAUCGAACAAUUCUUGAAGAGAAUUAAAAAUUUAUCUAAAACUGACACUGACAUAAUCGAUGCUCAACGUCUUGAAAUUGUCCGGAGAAAGCUGUCACAAUCGGCCGAUACAUGGUUCGACGAUCAAGAAUUUACUACAUGGUUUCAGUUUGAAACGUUCUUUCGGGGUCGAUAUUCGUCAACCAUGAAAUCUCAAACGAAAUUUAGUGAAUUACUUCAACGAAAACAACAACCUGAUGAACCCAUGGCAACGUAUUUCGAUGAUAUGGUUUCCUUGUGUCGAGAAGUCGACACAGGUAUGACUGAGAGGAUUAUUGUCCAAUAUCUUAUGAACGGUGCUCGUCCUGAAUUUCGGAAACAACUUUCUCGCCAUGACCCCCAGAUUGAUCAAAUUGCAACGUUUUUGACCGUGGCAAAAAAGGAACAAGAUAUCCAUGAACAAUUUGAAAAAUUUCAAGAAAUGAAAAUUCAACAGUUUUAA